AUGAGGACCAGUCCCAGUCUGACUCUAGACCUGAGGACCAGCCCCAGUCUGACUCUAGACCUGAGGACCAGUCCCAGUCUGACUCUAGACCUGAGGACCAGUCCCAGUCUGACUCUAGACCUGAGGACCAGUCCCAGUCUGACUCUAGACCUGAGGACCAGUCCCAACCUGAGGACCAGUUCCAGUCUGACUCUAGACCUGAGGACCAGUCCCAGUCUGACUCUAGACCUGAGGACCAGUCCCAGUCUGACUCUAGACCUGAGGACCAGUCCCAGUCUGACUCUAGACCUGAGGACCAGCCCCAGUCUGACGCUAGACCUGAGGACCAGUCCCAGUCUGACUCUAGACAUGAGGACCAGUCCCAGUCUGACUCUAGACCUGAGGACCAGCCCCAGUCUGACUCUAGACCUGAGGACCAGUCCCAGUCUGACUCUAGACCUGAGGACCAGUCCCAGUCUGACUCUAGACCUGAGGACCAGUCCCAGUCUGACUCUAGACCUGAGGACCAGUCCCAGUCUGACUCUAGACCUGAGGACCAACCUGAGGACCAGUCCCAGUCUGACUCUAGACCUGAAGACCAGUCCCAGUCUGACUCUAGACCUGAGGACCAGCCCCAGUCUGACUCUAGACCUGAGGACCAGCCCCAACCUGAGGACCAGCCCCAGUCUGACUCUAGACCUGAGGACCAGUCCCAGUCUGACUCUAGACCUGAAGACCAGUCCCAGUCUGACUCUAGACCUGAGGACCAGUCCCAGUCUGACUCUAGACCUGAGGACCAGUCCCAGUCUGACUCUAGACCUGAGGACCAGUCCCAGUCUGACUCUAGACCUGAGGACCAGUCCCAGUCUGACUCUAGACCUGAGGACCAGCCCCAGUCUGACUCUAGACCUGAGGACCAGUCCCAGUCUGACUGUAAGACCUGAGGACCAGCCCCAGUCUGACUCUAGACCUGAGGACCAGCCCCAGUCUGACUCUAGACCUGAGGACCAGUCCCAGUCUGACUCUAGACCUGAAGACCAGUCCCAGUCUGACUCUAGACCUGAGGACCAGUCCCAGUCUGACUCUAGACCUGAGGACCAGUCCCAGUCUGACUCUAGACCUGAGGACCAGUCCCAGUCUGACUCUAGACCUGAGGACCUGUCCCAGUAUCGUGCUUUCAGCUGUAGCACCAUGGGAGCCUCCAAACUAUGGGUUCAUGACCUGGACCAGAUGCCCCCCUCACCUCUGACACAUGUGACUCCCCCCUCACCUCUGGCACAUGUGACUCACCCCCUCACCUCUGACACAUGUGACUCCCACCUCACCUGUGACACAUGUGACUCCCCCCCCUCACCUCUGGCACAUGUGACUCACCCCCUCACCUCUGAAACAUGUGACUCCCACCUCAACUGUGACACAUGUGACUCCCCCCCCCCCACCUCUGACACAUGUGACUCCCACCUCACCUUUGACACAAGUGACUCCCCCCCUCACCUCUGGACACAUGUGACUCCCCCCUCACCUUGA